UAGCAGUACGUAGCAGUAGUUUUCGAAAUCGACUUGGAAAAAGAAAAAGAAAAGAAAGCAGGGGUGGAUUGGCGAGGCAUGAGUAAUAUUGUUUCAGUUAGAGGGCGCCUGAGGAAUCAACUCUAUAACGCUGCACAGCUUCUCCCUACUCUAUCAAACACUGCCACUGCCACUACAACCCGUUUCUCUUCUCACCAGCGAAUUCUAGACAUCUUAUCGCCAAAAAUUUCUUCCACUCCACUUCGCCAAACACAUCUUCGCCUCCUUGACGACCUCUUACGGCAUAGUUCCCAUCAAAUCACUGAACAUCCCUUGACCACCACCUCAAAUCUGCUUCAUGAGUAUUCUUUUGUAUUUAAUGAAGAGUCCUGUUCUACGUCUUUGAUAUUUGAUGCUAGCUCUUUGUCCAGUGCUGUCAGUUCUUGUGCUUCCUCCCGUGAUCUUCCUGGAGGGAUCCAAUUUCAUUGCUUAGCAAUUACUUCUGGAUUUAUUUCCAAUUCCUACGUUGGAAGUUCGUUGAUCACGCUUUAUGGUAAAUGUGGGAAAUUGGAUAAUGCACAUAAACUGUUCCAUGAAAUGCCUGUGAGAAAUGUAGUCACUUGGACUGCUAUCAUUUCUGGGUUUGCCCAGGAAUGCCAAGUUGAUGUUUGUUUAGAGCUGUUCUCUGUUAUGAGAAAUUCAACGUUAAAACCUAAUGAUUUCACCUUUACUAGUCUUUUGAGUGCUUGUACAGGAAGUGGAGCUCUAGGCCAAGGGACGAGUGCUCACUGCCAAAUCAUUCAAAUGGGUUUUCAUUCCUAUUUGCACGUUGCCAAUGCUCUUAUAUCUAUGUAUUGUAAGUCUGGGAGCGUUCAUGAUGCAUUCUACAUAUUCAACAACAUCUAUAGUAAAGAUAUCGUGUCAUGGAAUUCGAUGAUUAGUGGGUAUGCCCAGCAUGGGCUGGCAAUGCAGGCGAUUGACCUUUUCGAAAAGAUGACAAAGCUGGGUGUCAAACCUGACUCUAUAACAUUUCUUGGGGUUCUAUCUGCUUGCCGACACGCAGGUUUUGUCCAAGGAGGAAGAAAUUACUUCAAUUCAAUGGUCGAAUAUCAUUUGAGGCCACAGCUAGACCAUUAUUCAUGUCUUGUUGAUCUUCUUGGUCGUGCUGGGUUAAUAGAAGAAGCUCUAGAUAUUAUUUUAAGGAUGCCUAUAUUGCCCAAUGCCGUUAUAUGGGGAUCACUUUUGUCCUCCUGCAGGCUUCAUGGAAGUGUUUGGAUUGGUAUUCAAGCUGCAGAGCAAAGGCUGUUACUGGAACCGGCAUGCGCUGCUACCCAUGUACAAUUGGCUAAUCUGUAUGCAAGUGUGAGAUACUGGGAUAAGGCAGCAAAAGUGAGGAAAGUGAUGAAAGAUACUGGGCUUAAAACAAAUCCCGGCUAUAGCUGGAUUGAGAUCAAGAACAAGGUUCACAGGUUUAGAGCUGAAGACAGGUCUAACACAAGAGUUGGUGAAAUUCUAACUGUUCUGGAUUGUCUGUUAGACCACAUGAUGAUAUUAGGGUAUGUGCCUGAACUAAUCAAGGAAGAGGUGAAUGAUGUUUUUAUAUGAGAAAAUGCAAAGCCAAUUUUGGCGCAGCUUUGUGAUAAUGGAACCAACCGGCAAAAAGCAUAAGGGCUGCAAAGACUAAUGCACCAAUUGCGGUACAAUACAGUUGUAAUUCACUAGUUAUUCCAGAUGCUCUCCAAAUCUCGAGUAGCCACUGCAAUCUUUAUAUGCAUUAAGCGAAAAGCUUUUCACAUAUGCGCUCAAUGGCCUGUGUUGUUUGAAGGGGGAUCAUAAAAGAAUUGCCAAGGUGAUGAUGGCCAUGCAAAAAGCUAAUCAUUUUGGUCAUAUUGUUGACAAUGCAGUCAUAGGUGAAGAUCCCUCUAUAGUCCACUGUUAUCGCUUAAGCUUUGUCUUAUAUGCAAGUGAUGCUUGUGGGAGGAGGAGGAGAGCUGCAAGCAAGGUGCACGAAAUUGAAAUCAGAAGGUAUGAUCUGGCUGGCCACUGACUUGGUUUCAUAAAUACAGAAUAAAAGAUUGUGUUUUCACAAUCACAGCAAAUUGUUAGAACCUUAGAGGCUCAGUACUCCCUCACCCUUCACUGGAAGUUGCCUGCAAAAUGUUAAGUGGUCCAAGAAAAUAUGAAGUGCAUGCCUUUCGUUUCCUGCUGCUAUUACUGUUGCUAUUUGGUCUGAUGAUGAGUAACACAUUUCAGGCAGCAAGAGUGAGGAAAUUAAAGUGAACGCAAAUCCUGGCUAUAGCUGGGUUGAGAUGAAGAACAAGGUUUACAGAUUGAACACUUCAAGUUAAUUCUCUUUCCUAUAAUAUUGGCUUUGUUAUUCUCUGUUUCCUACAUAAAAUUAUUAGAUGAGCGAUUCCAACUUGUCAUAAUUCCCAACUUCAUUCAGUGGAAACUGAACCUAGUACCUCCUCAUAAAGUGUCAUAUUUUUUGUUACCUAUUUCUCCAAUUAUUAUGUUUCUGGGUGCCUUGCACUUCACUUAUGUUGUAAUGUGUUAAAAGUAUAUGAUAUUCAAUUUUGCGUACUAAUUAGUUGGACAGUUGGAGUAACUUAAAUAUAACUUUUAAUCUGUUGGCUAUGGGAGGCAUUUAAUAUGAUUCCACUUUAUAGUU